AUGACAGAUAUUUACAAAACAAUACAAGAAAUCCAAGAGUUGAAACAGUUUGAACCCUUAAUUAAGACAGUUCCUUUAAGACAUCUGGUUGAGAAACAUGUUUGCAUUUUGAUUGAUCAUCCAAAUCCUGUUGAUGGUGAGAAAAAGAGAUAUCAGAUUCUUGAGCCGCCAUGGAAUAAAGUCAACUUGAAAAUAAUACAUAUUUCUGAGCUUCAAAAUGCCAUUCAAGAAAAUCUCAGUUAUUUUGUUAUCCAUAUUGAAACAAAGGAAGGCUUCAAAUGUUUAAAUAAUGUUUUCAAAAAGUUGAUCAAGUACAAAAAACAUUGUCAACUCCAUGUUCAUUGCCGUCACUCUAUCAAAAGCAUUGAAAAAGUUUUCCCUAAAUUAGUUAGCCUGGACUUCUUGGAAUUGAUAAACGUUGGUAAUGAAAGUCAUUUUGAAAUGAAGGUUGAAGACCAUGAAAUAUCAAUCUAUGUCUGUACGUUGUUCAAUAAGAUAAGGUUGGGCACCAAUGAGGUUGUUGAUAAGAUCUUGAACUCACCAUUUCUCAAGAGAUUGGACAUCCUCAUGACAAAUAAUAGGAGUAUGCCACUGAUAUUCUCAAAUUAUAACCUCCCAAAUCUUGAAGUUAUGGAAUUAAUUCAGGAAAAACCACCAGAACAUCAUAUCAUGUUCAAAGAUUGUGUCCUUCCAAAGUUGAGCAAAAUCGUGAACAAGAACACCAAAAUUUCUGCAAUUAACUAUUGUCAGUUUGAUUCAUUGAAAGAGUUGCGUAUAAGCUAUGAUGAUAUGGUACUUUUAACGAACUUCAAAGCCGAAUCUUUAGAAUAUUUUUCAAUUGAAAGAUCAUAUUUUCUUCCGAAGAAUGUCACUUAUGAGAAAGUUCAGUUUUUGUCAGAUGUUUCAAAAUCUAUUAAUGGUCCAGAUUUGGUGGAAAAGUUGGGUAUUCAUCCAGGAGAAGUGAAAGAGAUUUCAAUUGAUGGUCUUCGUCAUCUUAGUUUCCCAUCAUUGAAGGCACUCAAAGUACCCAAGUUGGAAUACUUGAAUUUUAUUAGUGGGAUCAUCAAUAUUGAAAAGCUAGAAUUUGACCCAUAUGUUGACUGUGAUAAUUUAAAAGAGCUGGCUUGUUUAAAAAAUUACAAAUUUGAGCAUUUAAAGACGUUGAAAUUGACUUUGAAUGAUCCUCGUCCAUUUAGAGACUUACCAAUCUCUUCAGAGAAUAUGCCAAAUUUGAAAAACUUGGAGAUUUCAAAAAAUUAUUCAAAAACACCGUUCUAUCUUAAGGAAAUAACAUUAAAUGGGUUGAAAGGGUUAGAACUUGAUCGUUUCACUACAAAUAUUGCAUUGGUACAUUUUCAACAUUUGAAGGAUUGUAAGAUCAAAGAGUUACAUCUUUGGUUCAAAACGUUUUUUGACAUUUCUGAUUCUGUUCCAAAAUGUGUCAUCAAUAACCAUAAAGAGAUCUAUUAUCCCAGUUUUUCACCAGAUCCAGAAGUAGCAGUCCCACCAACUGUGUCAAUUCCAUCGCAUAUUGGGCACCUCAAGCUAUCAACAUCUGCUAAACUACAGCUAACUAACAAGAUACUUAAUGCCCCUCACUUAGAGUCUUUAGAUAUUUCCGGUAUCAAAAAAUUGACAAAGUUCACUUUUUCGUCAAAGAACUUGAAACAUUUAAACAUUUCUGGAACAGGAUUGAACGAAAUACCAGUAGUGGAAAAUGAGAAAUGUGAGAUAACCAUUUUGAAUGAAUGCCCCUCCUAUGAGGAUGUGGAAAAGAUGGAUAUUCUCCAUAAUCUCAAGAGGCUUGACUCGCAGUAG